UUAAAUUAGCAACUUUUUAUGAGAAAAUUAAUGUAAAGGUGUAACUCCACCAUUUCAUACUCCAAUAUUUUCUCUCUCUCUGUUUUUCUUUUUUUUUUCCUUUGGCUAUUUGAAAUUUCUCUCUGUGGUUCGAAAAUUAUCAGCCGAAGAAGCUUCUUCGUUCCACCAUAUAGUUUCAGAUUGUGGAUUCAAAAUUGCCCUGAAUCGUAAAGCAUUGUGCUGAAGAUCCAUUACAGAUAUCAAUCUAUAAGUAUUCUUUAAUAUUUAUUUGGAACGUGAAAAUUCGAGGGAAUGCUGAAGGAUGUGCCUCUGUGCCCGAAGCUUUGGCGUCAAAAACCUUGAGAGUGAGAAUUUAUUAGAGCUGAGAUCCUUUAGUCUCAGCUCUGAAAAGCUCCAUGGACCCCCAAGUAGCUAUAAAUUUAUAAAUUUUAUGUCUGGGUUGAUGAAUUAUCUAAAUGGAGACGGUGGAGUUUGAAUAGCUUAUAUUAAAAUCAUCCCCAGUUCCUGUAAGCUAUAUAUAGUGUAUAUUUGUGGGGACUCUGUAGUUUGUUGUUGAAUAGAUUUUGAAGCAUUGGGAUGGAAAAUACAUCCAAUAUUUUGAUGCGAAGAUAUGAGUUGGGGAGAUUACUUGGCCAAGGUACCUUUGCGAAGGUUUACUAUGCUAGGAGCUUGGUAACAAAUCAAAGUGUGGCCAUCAAAGUCAUAGAUAAAGAAAAGAUAAUGAAGGUUGGACUCAUUGAACAGAUCAAGCGAGAGAUUUCGAUUAUGAGACUGGUGAAACACCCAAACAUCAUUGAGCUUUAUGAGGUCAUGGCUACAAAAACUAAGAUAUACUUUGUUGUGGAAUAUGCUAAAGGAGGUGAGCUUUUUAACAAGGUUGCCAAAGGAAGGCUGAAGGAGGAUGUUGCCAGGAAAUACUUUAUGCAGCUUAUCAAUGCAGUCGAUUUUUGUCACAACAAAGGGGUUUAUCACCGUGAUAUAAAGCCAGAAAAUUUAUUACUGGAUGAAAAUGAUAAUCUGAAGGUUUCAGAUUUUGGAUUAAGUGCUCUUGCUAAUUGCCAGCGGCAAGAUGGCCUUCUUCACACCACUUGUGGAACUCCUGCCUAUGUUGCUCCUGAAGUCAUUAACAGGAAAGGCUAUGAUGGUGCAAAAGCUGAUAUUUGGUCUUGUGGCGUGGUUUUGUAUGUGUUAUUGGCAGGUUAUCUUCCAUUUCACGAUUCAAAUUUGAUGGAGCUUUAUAGGAAAAUCGGCAAAGCAGAUUUUAGAUUCCCCAGUUGGUUCACUCCUGAAGUGCGGAGAUUGUUGUCCAAAAUCUUUGAUCCAAACCCCAGCACUAGGAUUACAAUAGACAAAAUCAAGGAAAGUUCUUGGUUUAGAAAAGGAAUGAAAUUAAAAAGUAUCAAACCUGAACUAGGAAACAAGGAUUCAUCAUCUACAGGUACCUCUGAUGCAUGUGGUAGUGGGAAUAUGGCUUCUGGUGGAAAACAAGAGCCAGUCAGACCUUCAAACUUGAAUGCUUUUGAUAUUAUCUCCCUAUCAGCUGGCUUUGAUCUCUCUGGCUUGUUUGAAGAAAAUCCUCACCGGAGAGAAGCAAGGUUUAUUUUCAGAAAACCAGCUGCAGUCGUCAUCUCCAAACUAGAAGAUAUUGCUAAGCAACUAAGGAUGAAAGUGAAGAAGAGGGAUGCAGGAUUGUUGAGAUUGGAGGGUCUGAACGAAGAUAAAAAGGGAUUCUUGUCCAUUGAUGCAGAGAUCUUUGAGGUCACUCCAUCUUUUUAUUUGGUUGAGGUAAAGAAAUCAGAUGGAGAUACAGUGUUGUAUCAGAAGAUACUGAAUGAUGAGAUUAGACCUGCUUUCCAAGAUAUAGUUUGGGUUUCUCAAGAUAACCAACAACAGCAAGCAGACCAACAGCUUCAACAUCUAGAGCCACAAGAGGAGCAACAAGAAAUACAACCAGAAGACCAUCAAGAACAGCAUCAGGAUCAGUAGUAACAAUUACAGUAACCCUUUGCUAGCCUUUCCAUUCUUUCUCAAAUUUAUUAUUGUACAGCUGUCAUCUUACUUGGUGUAUCAUUUUUCCUGAAAGUUUUUUCUUUUCAUUUUUUGAGGUCUCUUUCUUGUAAUAAAAAAAAGGAAGAAAGAAAGAAAAUACAGUAAAAAGAAACAAUGUAGUUGACAUAUGUGAGCAUAGUUCAGUUACAGUUUACAAAUAGUUAUUUUCUUGAAAAUUUCUGGAAUGACAAGAGUUAUUAGGGAUAUAUGGCUACGAUAGAUUAUAUACUAUGACAAGAAUCAUGGGAUUCUAUAUAAAGUCCAAUUAGUAAUGAAUGGAGUUAUACAUGUUACUCGAUAUUUUCUAUGUGAGACAUUAUACUCCAAUAUGAAAGCAUUCUUUGUGUCUUGGUUCCCAAAACUACUCAUGUUGUACAAUAGGAGCAAUAAACCUUUACUUGGCUCUCUUAUCUUUUGACAU